CAGCUCGCAUAAUACCUAUUUAACGGGAAGGCAAUACGGUGGUAAAAGUUCAACGGAGAUUUACCGACAAGUUCUAUUAUCUGGUUGCAGGUGCAUUGAAUUGGACUGCUGGGAUGGAACUGGAGAGAAUAAAGGUGAACCGAUCAUAACGCAUGGCAAAGCGAUGUGUACCGAUGUUUUCUUUAAAGUAAUCAUCAAAUGCUCCAGUUGA